AUGGCUGAGGAGCUUAGCAAGGCCGGGUUUUCUGGCCGUGUUAUCGAUAGCAGCUCAGCGGACUUUGCUGCUGCAUCUCAUCGAUUCUCUGCCAUUUCUGAAGCCAGAGCACAAUACAUCGCAUUCCCGAGGACUUCGGAAGACGUGUCCAUCGCCAUUGUCUACGCCACCCGAGUGAAACUGAGGGUAGCCAUCAAGUGUGGAGGACAUCACGCUUCUGGUGCCAACAGCGUAGAAGAUGGCCUCGUCAUCGACCUCAGCGAGCUCAGAUCUGUAGCACUCAACAACGACCGGAGUGAAGUUACCGUCGGCGGUGGGUGUCUUUGGGAAGGUGUCUAUACCUUCUUGCGAAACGAGGGCUUGGCUUGCAUUGGAGGAGGAGUGCACAAUGUUGGUGUUGGUGGCCAUGUCACCGGAGGUGGCUAUGGCCCGUUAACUCAGAAAUACGGAAUGGCAUGUGACAACCUCAUCUCUGCCACCGUUGUUCUCGCCGAUGGAAGGAUUGUCACUGCUAGUGACACUGAAAACUCGGAUCUCUUGUGGGGUAUCAAAGGAGGCUCCUCAAACUUUGGAGUAGUGGUGGAAUUCGUGUUGAAGACUGUUCCCGACCCGGGAUCGUGGGUGUUUCGCUCGAUUGCUCUGCCUUCUUCGGACCUUCCAACCAUAACUCCACGAUUUGUGGUAAGUGUGCAAUGGGCCAGGUUCCAGUUGGAUGUCGUCUUGGUCUUUCUGAACUUCGUCCGCGGUCCGCACAACACGCCUCUUGUAAUAUUGAACUUCACCUUGUGUGGGUCGGGAGACCUGUUCUCGGGGCUGUUCGAGUUUUUUCUGGGAGGCUUGAGCCCUCUGUCUGAUAUAACCACAAGCUACCCUUCCUUAGUUGAGCUUAGCCACGCCCUUGACAGAUUAUUACUUGCUGGCCCCAGAAGAAUUGCGACUGGAAGUGUCCCUGUCGUGGAUAUUUCUCCAAAGCUCGUUCAUGAACUUUGGCAACGUUGGUUGGAAUACACAGACUCCAACCUGGACGUUGUUAGUACCAAAGUCGUGUUCGAGCUGCACAGAACCAUAAGACUUCGCGCGGAAGCCAGCUGUUUACGUAUCACAGAGCCUGUGCACAAUAUGAUUCUCAUCAGCGAAGAGCAUAACGAGGCAAAGAACGAUGCUCUCGCUCUUAACUGGGUCCACGAAACGACUCAACUGACACGGCAACGCCAGACUCACGACUGGGGAACGGAUUUUGGAGUUUGGGCAAAUGCUAGUAUGCGAAAUGAGACUGCUGCGGACUGCUGGGGGCUGAACUACCCCCGCCUCCAAGUGCUUAAGGCUAAGUAUGACCCAACAUCUGUAUUCAACUGUUUUUUGCCAAUUGAGCCUACUAAGUAA